AUGGACAGAACAAAUGGAAAUGAAAAACAAUUCGAUGUCAUCAUCAUCGGUGCUGGUAUCUCCGGCAUCAACGCUGCCUAUCGCAUCCAAACACAACUUCCCGGUUACACCUACACCAUCCUUGAGGGUCGCAACGAUCUAGGAGGGACCUGGGAUCUCUUCAAAUAUCCUGGGAUUCGUUCUGACUCUGAUCUUUUCACCUUUGGCUUCCAAUUCAACCCCUGGUCCCGUGACCAACCUAUUGCCGAGGGCGCUGCCAUUAAGGACUACGUUCGUGACACGGCGACCAAGUAUGGCAUCGACGAGCACAUCCGCUAUAACCAUCGUGUGUCAUCAGCAGACUGGUCCUCCGAUGAAAACACCUGGUCGCUCACUGUCGACCACAAUGACUCUGAACAAACCUACACCGCCCGCUACGUGAUCUUCGGCACGGGCUACUACAACUACAAGGACCCCCUGAAUCCCGACAUUCCUGGCCUGGAUGCCUUCCAGGGCCAGAUUGUCCAUCCACAGUUCUGGCCCGAGGACUUACAAUACAAGGACAAGAAGAUCGUUAUCAUCGGAUCUGGCGCGACCGCCGUCACUCUCCUCCCCAAUCUCGCCGACCAUGCCGCCCGUGUCACAAUGCUCCAGCGCAGCCCAACCUAUAUUAUCUCCCUCCCAAACCGCUCGAGCAGCCGCUGGCUCUCCUAUAUUCUCCCAAAUGCCCUGUAUACUCGGCUGCAGCGCAUGAUCUAUAUCUACACCAAUCGCAUCUUCUUCCUCUUCUGCCAGCGCUUCCCGAAUUUCUCCCGCUGGCUGCUCAAGUUGAAUGUGCGCAAGCAAUUGCCCAGCCAUAUUCCAUACGACCCGCAUUUCAAGCCCACGUACAAUCCCUGGGAUCAACGGAUGUGUCUCUGUCCCGAUGGGGAUCUGUUCCGCAGUCUCCGACAGGGUAAGGCGGAUGUCAAGACUGAUACGAUUCGGGAGGUGACGAAGAAUGGCAUUAUCCUGAAUUCGGGCGAGCAGCUUGAUGCGGAUAUUAUUGUUACCGCGACGGGCUUACGCUUGCAGAUUGCAGGUGGCUCGGCGCUGUCUGUGGAUGGGAAGAAGAUUGAUGCCGGUGAUAAGUAUCUGUGGAAUGGGGUCAUGCUCCAGGAUGUGCCCAAUGCCGCUUUCGUAAUUGGAUAUACCAAUGCCUCGUGGACUCUCGGCUCGGAUGCAACGGCGCAGUUUGUCUGUCGGUUGCUCAAGGAGCUGGAGUCGCGAAAGUUGAUCGCUGCUGUUCCCCGUCUGAAGGAGAAGGAUGCCGCGACACUUCAAAAUCGUCCCCUCUUGAACCUCAAGUCGACUUAUGUGUCUCUUGCCGAGAGCGUCUUACCCAAAGCUGCUGAUCGUGGUCCGUGGCAGCCGCGGGAUCACUACCUGAAAGACAUGAAGUUUGCUCAAAGUGGUGAUAUUGACACUGGACUCGAGUUUAUGCCAGGGCCAAGUCUGCGUCUACGCCCUAAGAUGUCGUGA